AUGAGCGAAACCUCCUUGGGUGCCAAAGUUGACAGCAAAGUACGGCAAGCCUUUUGGAAUAGCUUGUCGAACAUUUUUUCUAUCGAGAUCAACGACUUUUUUGUUCGUCGACCACUCCAUUUCGCACUCAAGCAACGCCUUCUUGAACUCUUCCCAGACAUCCUCGUCCAAGAGCGUUUGUGCUGAAACAUGGUAAAUUGGUGCAAUAACACAGUGCCCUGGAGUGAGAGAAACAUGCCAAGGAAGACUGAGAUAAACUUUGGAGCCCAAGGCAACUAUCAAGUGCUUCUGCAUCUCCUUGGAAUCAACACACAGACGACAAUUGUCCAGACUCUUCUCCCUUCGCUGAUGUUCCUUAAUUGCACGCAUCUUGUCACGGUGAUCCUGCUUCGCAUCGCUUUCACCACGAGUAAUUCGUUCCUCAAACAGCUCGUCCAUGUCCAUGCUCUUAGAAGCCAUUUUGACAAACGCCGCGUCGUCAUCGUUUGCUGAAAGUCCUUUCUCUCG